GAACCCCGGUUCCCUCCCCCCCCCCUCCUCCCCCGGCGGUGAGGCGCCUGUAGCCGGGAGAGGAAAGCUCUUUUUCGGUCAGAUGGCGUGCCGCAGUCCGCCCCCACAUUUCUCUCGCCCACACCAGCAGCAAAAAGACUCUCAUUAACAAGCCAGAUCCUGCCAGCAUACACACACACACACACAGACACACACACAGCAGCCAGGCAGGGACUGGGACGCACCAAACACCAGCACUUCUUCCCUCUAUUGUUUACCAAAAAGUGGAUUUUUUUUUUUUUUAAUAAAUAAUGCAGCGCUAGGGUUCAGUUUCUUAAGAAGAAUUAACACACACACACACACACACACACUGCUGUUAUUGGGGUGAGUUUUCUUUUUGGACGCCAAAAAAUGAAGCGUCUCGGUUUUAUUCUGUAAUCCGAGCCACAGCCUGAGCCUAGGGACAGAGGGACAGAGGGACAGAUUUAGCACUAAAGAAGGAAACUAAACCCAGGGCGAGGACUGGGGGACAAAUCUCUCGUUCCGAAAUCCCAGUAUUCACCUGAUCCGAAUCCUAAAUCGGUUCUUUUGGAGUCUCUGUGGCAUAGCAGCAGGAGGAUGUCAGUGCCACGGACGCUGGGCGAGCUGCAGCUGUACCGUGUGUUGCAGAGGGCUAACCUGCUCAUGUACUAUGACACCUUCAUCCAGCAGGGCGGCGAUGACGUUCAGCAGCUGUGUGAGGCCGGAGAAGAGGAAUUCCUUGAGAUCAUGGCUCUGGUUGGGAUGGCCACAAAGCCCCUGCAUGUGCGGCGUUUACAGAAAGCCCUGCGCGACUGGGCCGCUAAUCCCGCCGUCUUCAACCAACCCCUGACCUCGGCCAUGGGAGGAAUCCCGCUUUUUAAAAUCGACAGCAUCAUGGGCUCGAGGAAGUCCUUAAGCAAUGGCCAGCCAGCAUCCCCAUGUGACCGGGAAGAUCAGGGAGCCUGUUUGACUCCACUCAGAGACAACGGCAGUCCGAGGAGCCCCUGCUCCCAGGCAUCGCCGCUUCCUCCAGAUCAUCACCUUUACCGGGACAAGCUGUCCCCCAUGGAGGCUCACUGGCUGAGUCCGGAAUUAGAAGGCAGUGUCGGAGCGGAGGAAGACCAGCCCAGUCCGCCUUUGCCUCUUUUGGUCCACUCCCGGAACACAGGUCCCUCUACGCCUCCCACGUCUUCCUCCUCGUCGUCCUCCCCUUGGCCCGGAGGACAGCUGGAUGCAGACACGGUGAAGGCGGUAGGGGAAAGCGUGGAGCGCCUGUUCAGGACGGUGCCGCACACAGAUCCGGCAGAGGUCAAGAGUCUCCUCAGGCUGAAUAAAAAGAUGGCCAAGACGGUGGGUCACAUUUUCAACAUGGAGCCACACAGCAAGAGCAAAGAGGAGGAGAUCCGCAAAUACAGCCUCAUCUACGGCCGCUUCGACUCCAAAAGGAGGGAAGGCAAGCAGCUGACACACCACGAGAUGAUCAUCAACGAAGCAGCGGCGCAGUUCUGCAUACGCGACAACGCACUCCUGCUCAGACGGGUGGAGCUGUUCUCUCUGGCGCGCCAGGUGGCAAGGGAAUGUGCCUACACCUCCACGCUCAAACACAGCAGGACCAACCCUGAGGACUGUACCAGCUCCUUUACGGACAACAGUGCUCCAAAAAGAAUCAAACUCGAGGUCACAGAUUCAGACAGUAUUAACUCGAUACGCGGAUCAAAACUUGCUGACGCAGCGAUUCACGGCAGCCUGAGGUCAACGGCAGACGACGACAGUCUGUCAGGAGAAAGUCUGGACAGUUUAUCUCAUGAUGUAGGGCCUCACUCUCUCCCCUCGUCAUCCCCCCGUCCCCUCGCCGACACCAUCGGGCCUGUCACCUGGAGUCGCCAACUCAUGCAGCAGACGCUCAUGGAUGAGGGCCUGCGAUUGGCGAGGAUGGUGUCACGUGACCACGUGGCCAAGGUCAGCCUGGGGUCGGAGAAGAGACAGACUUCAGAGGCAGAGGGCCGAGCCUCAGACAGGCGAGGCUUAAACGCGUCUCACCAGAGCAGCAGUCCUGCCAGCACCAAAGACGACCCUUAAAGGGACACCAGCGGGAGCCAGAAGUUGCCUUGCUGCUCAACUCAGGUCUCAUAUGACUCGAACCCUCCGGAGAUUUUCACUCCCGCUUUCCUGAAACUGUCUCAUGGUGUUCGCACAUCACAGUCUAAUGUUACAGUGUUCUUCUAUUGUGAGUCAGUGGCUGGAUGAAGAUGUGUGUUGUAGAUCAGGUUCAUUUCUGAAAGGUCCGAGUUCAGUAUGGUCCAGUGAAUUCCUGGGUCACUGAGGGGGUGUGGCUCGCUGAUGUAUGAUAGACACAUUUGGAGCAUCCACGAUCACUUACGAUACACUUUACAGCUGUUUAGCUGUAAUGAUGCAGUCCAAUACGAUAGUUACGUUAAUCAGCACACACACACACACAACAAUACAACGGUAAUAAUGCAGUAUUUAAAUUGGAUUCCACUUAGGCACAGAGGCCUGACAGAUACUAAAGCCAUUCCUCCUGGUGGCAGAGAGCCCAGACUUGGUUUUAUCAGUCUUACAAGGCCGGGGGCCACACCUCCUUUAAUCACUUCCAAACAGAGAGGCCACACCUCUUCUCAUCAAUCCUACAGAGGCCACACCUACUUUCAUCUCUCACUUAAAUGGGGGGCCAUGGCGUUUUUCAUCAAUCUUACACCGGCCACACAUCCUUUAAUCUCUUACGGAGAACCCACACCUUCUUCCUUUAUAGUUCUUAUAGAGGUAAACACACAUCCUUUCAUUGAUCUUACACCCUUUCACUGAUUUCAUUGGGUUUUACAGACCCACAGGCCACACCACCAUCACAAGGACCGAACGGGCCAGGCCUUUUUUUAUUAGCGUGAUGCAUUCAGAAGCCACCUCUUCUUUACUGGGACUGACAGAGGCCACACAAGUCCAUGAUGCUCAGAGGCCACGCCUCCUUUACUAGGACUCACAAAUCGAGGCCACACCUUGAAGCCGCCUAAUGUUUGGUGCAUUGUUUAAUGGACAAAGCAGCUUUAUAGAAAUCUGAAUAUACCCUUUUUUACUUCUCCCUAAUCAGCUAAUAAGCACACAGGCCAUGGCGCUAUAUUUCUUACUCACAGGCACAGAUUAAGAAAAUCUUGUACUACUCUUUAUUACUAAAUCUCGUUCUUCUUAUUUUGGCGUUGUAUUCGAAAAUAACUAGGUUAGCGUCUAAAUCAUUACCCAUAAUGCACUUUGCACCAGACUGUACUGAACUCUGGACAGGAAAGAGCAGGAAGUAGAUUUACAUUUCUUGUAAAUACCUAGCAUCCCUUCAUGCUGUUGCAUCAGUAACACAGCCAUAAGUGUAGGUUCAUUUCUGUCUCUUGAUUAACGGCAUGUGACUUCAGUUUAAAGACACAAAGCGUGUUAACGUUCUGAUGCACUGAUUCUAUGACGAAUCUGCAUAAAGUGGUUAAAAAAAAAUCCGGUUUUUAAUUGUGAUUUAAUCAAAGCGAUUUUAACACUAAUAUACUAAACGUAUACAGAAUAUAAGCGUACGAGCUGUAGUAAAAGUAUGGGAUAUUAGUUUGUGUAAUUUUUCACAAUUUUAUAGGUAGAAAGCAAUCUAGAUUUAAAUCCCUGUUUGUCUUAAGGACCGGAUCUUUCAGUAGGUUGUACGUGUGAUGGCAUCUCAUAGUAGAAAUCAUUGUUGUCUUACUGGCAUCAGAUAAUUUAUUUUUUAAUAUUCUCAAUAAAUGGUAUUUUAUUGUUUAA